GAACGAGAAGGACAGCCAAGCUGGAGGAGAGACAGAAGAGAAGCGAUAGACAGCAACUCCCUUAAAUCCGAAUUAAAAAAGGGGGUCCUAGAGGGCCUCAACUGCUGGACUCAACUGGACAGAGAACUGAACCUAAGGAUACUGACGCAGAUAACAACUGCCUUAACAGACGUAUAUUAACCUGCACAGAGCUAUCAAAGUCUGUUUUCUUCUAAAUGGCGACCGCAGAACCAGCACCAGCCUGGUGGAAACUGACCUUCCUGCGGAAGAAGAAAUCAGAGCCCAAAGUGUUGUACGAAAUCCCUGGAGACCACAGCAGCAACGCCGGGGAGACGGCCGGGACACCGGACGCAGCUACGGACAGCCAGUUUAACGCCCGCUUGGAACGCAUCGUGGACAAAACGGCGACAAAGGGGCGACACGUGAAAGUCUCACAUUCGGGCCGGUUUAAAGAGAAGAAGAGAAUCCGCUCUACGCUGGCAGAAAACCCUGAGCUGUUCCCUGAGGCAGAAACAACGACUAAUGAGAAUAAUAAAAGUGGAAAAUAGAGUCUCUGUGUAAACAUGGUAGGGUCACUGUGCAAGAAGCCACUCAAGAGGGCCUUGGUCUAUGUAGCACUCUUCCAUUGAUGUCCUCUGUAGUUUACAAUCACCUGAGGUUGAGCCUGAAGCUGGAAAAGGACCGCUGAAUUAGUGAUCUAUACUAAUGUUUAGGAACAAAGACGGGCACAAACCCAAAGAUCAGGUUUCUCCACAGAUACGCACGGCAGGACCGCAUUGUGGUCGUCUGAUGAAAGGCUGACAGUUGGCACAUGUUUAGUCAAGAGAAAUCUACCGUGAGAGAAUCAAAUCAAUCAUACAUCAACACAAGAUAUCAGUAAUGCUCUGAUUAUUCUAGUUUCCUGUUUUCUUAUAUAUAUUUAUAAUGUAAAUGUGUGUGUGUGUUCCUGUAGCUCAAUCGGUUGGGGGUUCGAUUCCCCUGGAACACAUGUUAGGUAAAAGUUGAUAGCCUGAAUGCACUGUAAGUUGCUUUGGAUAAAAGUGUAUGCUAAAUGGAUAAAUUACAUUUUAAUUUCUUAUUUAAUAUAUAUAUAUAUAUAUAUAUAUGGUGAAAACUACAAUUGCAGCUACAGCACUUUUGAUUCGAUAGGAAUAUCACAGCAAUAAUAUGCUAUUAUAUUAAAAGAUCAUAUAGAAAAGUUUAUUCCACAUUUCUAAUAUAUUGUAAUUAUAUUAAAUUAUUGUUGUUAUUAUCAUUAUUUAAAAAAUAAAUUAGCAGUGACAGAGCUUUCAACUACCAACUAGACCAACAUAUCUGUUUUAAAUAAAUGUUGCUUUGAUCUUGGAUGAUAUUUAUGGUCAUAUGGUAUGGUAUAUACAUGGUUUAUAAGAAUAUAAUCUGAACAUGGUGGGGCUUUUACAUUUUUAAUUAUUGUGUUAUGUUGAAAGAAAUUGUCAAAUAUUUGCACACUGCCUAUUUGCUUGGCUGGGAUUUUAAACUGAAUUUUGUACAAAAUUAGACUGUGUUGUUUUUAAAUAGAUAUCUCUAGAAAAUAAAUGAAUGGAUUCAGGAUGGGCGCUAUCUUUUAUUGUGUA